AUGAAAUCCAGAGAGACUAAAGACUACAUCGAUUUAGCCCUGUUGGCUCUACGUACAACGCCCCUCAGCUCAAAUAUGCCAUCACCAGCUGAAUUACUGAAUGGCCGGAUGUUCAAAUCCACACUUCCCGGCAAGAUCCAGCCAUCAAAGGACCAAGAAGAAGUUAAAAAUUGGCUCAAAGCGAGACAAGAUAACCAGUGUUACUAUAACAAGAGGCACAUUAAAGAACUCUCUGAACUACACGGGAACCAAGCCAUCUAUGCACAAGAUCCCGUGAGAAAGACGUGGAAUCCUGCUAGAGUCAUAGAUCAGGGAGAUACGCCCCGCUUAUGUACUAUAGAAACUGAAACUGGUGCUCGACUACGAAGAAAUGGGAUCCAUCUUAGACCAAACAGUGCUUCCAACAACCUAGCAAACAACUUGUCGACUUGCACUCCUCAAGGAAGUUUAACCUUACAACCCUCCAGCGCCAAUCCACAAUGUUCCACCUAA